GUACUUUCAUUCCAUUUAUCCUACUCAGUAAGAAACCUACAAAUAGUUGGCUUAAGGGAUAUCAGUUGAGAAACCAAAGAAGUAUUGUAAAAUAAAAUAAAAUAUCCAACAAAGAGUAGCGUUUGUUGUCCAUUGCAUACACAGUGGGUGCAGUAACUUCUGAGGACUCUGAGCGCCGCUGUUCGCCUGCUAGGAGAGAAACGCAGCCCGCGCUCAAUCCGGAUUCUCAGGGCUCUGACUACGCAAAUCUCCUCAGUUCCUACGAACCGGCUGCAGAGCUGCAGCAAAACUCACUCCAGAAUUUAAGGUGCCUAGGCUACCGAGGCUCCCUGAAGCCAGGGAAAGAGAAAGGAAUCGGUCAAAACACACAACGUGCCCAGGGAGUAUUUGGCGAGAAUUCCUUGACUAGACAACAAUGGCUGCUAAAACGAACCGCUCCAACCGCACCGCGCUGGUUCUGCUCUGUCUUGUUCUCGGUCUGUCAUGGGAGGCUCAAGCCCGGCAGAUCCGCUAUUCCGUUCCUGAGGAGCUGGAGAAAGGCUCUUUCGUGGGCAACAUUUCCAAGGAUCUGGGGCUGGAGCCCCGGGAGCUGGCGGAACGUGGAGUCCGCAUUGUCUCCAGAGGUCGGACGCAGCUUUUCGCUCUGAACCCGCGAAGCGGCAGCUUGGUCACCGCAGGCAGGAUAGACCGGGAGGAGCUCUGCGCUCAGAGCGCGCCGUGUCUGGUGAGUUUUAACAUUCUUGUGGAAGAUAGGGUGAAACUUUUUGGGAUCGAAAUAGAAGUAACUGAUAUCAACGAUAAUGCCCCAAAAUUCCAAGCAGAAAAUGUAGAUGUAAAAAUUAAUGAAAAUGUUGCUCCAGGGAUGCGAUUUCCUCUCCUGGAAGCUGUUGAUCCGGAUGUGGGUGUGAACUCCCUCCAAAGCUACCAGCUUAGCUCCAAUAAGCACUUCUCCUUAGCAGUUCAGACUCAUGCCUAUGGAGUCAAAUACCCAGAGCUGGUGCUGGAACAUGCCCUGGAUCGGGAGGAACAGGCAGUGCACCACCUUGUCCUCACUGCCUUGGACGGGGGCGACCCUCUCCUAUCCGGUACGGUUCUCAUCAGUGUGACUGUCUUCGAUGCAAAUGACAACGCACCGGUCUUCACAUUGCCAGAAUAUCAUGUGAGAGUUCUAGAGAACUUGCCUGUGGGCACACAGCUGCUGACAGUCACUGCCACAGACAGGGAUGAAGGAGCCAAUGGAGAAGUAACAUAUUCGUUCCGAAAAUCACCUGACACGCAAUUGUUGAAAUUCCAACUAAACAAAAAUACUGGGGAAAUAAAAUUAUCAGCAAAUCUAGAUUAUGAAGAAACAGAUUUCUAUGAAUUAGAAAUACAAGCGGAAGAUGGCGGAGCAUAUCUUGCAAUGGCAAAAGUAUUGAUUACAGUAGAAGAUGUAAAUGACAAUAGUCCAGAGGUGACCAUCACAUCUCUGUUUAGUCCCCUGAUGGAAGACUCACCUCUUGGGACUGUUAUAGCCCUUUUAAACGUGCAUGAUCCAGACUCUGGGCAGAAUGGACAGGUCACCUGUUCCAUAUCAGAGAAUCUACCAUUUAAGUUAGAAAAAUCCAUCGACAGUUAUUAUAGACUGGUGACACACAGAACCCUUGACAGGGAACAGGUAUUCUCUUACAAUAUUACAGUGACGGCCACAGAUGGAGGAAAUCCACCCCUAUUAAUGGAAACUCACUUCACCCUGCACGUGGCAGAUAUUAAUGAUAACCCACCCACCUUUUCCCACAUCUCCUACUUCACCUAUAUCCUGGAGAACAACCCUAGAGGUGCCUCCAUCUUCUCAGUGACUGCACAUGACCCGGACAGCCACGAGAAUGCUCAGGUUAUUUACUCCCUAGCUGAAGACACUUUCCAGGAAGCACCUCUAUCCUCCUACAUCUCCAUAAACUCUGACACAGGAGUCCUGUAUGCACUUCGAUCCUUUGACUACGAACAGUUUCGUGAUCUACAGAUUCAGGUGAUUGCCACUGACAGUGGGGACCCACCACUUAGCAGCAAUGUGUCACUGAGUAUAUUCGUGCUGGACCAGAAUGACAACACACCAGAGAUCCUGUACCCCGCCCUCCCCACCGACGGUUCCACAGGUGUGGAGCUGGCGCCCCGCUCCGCAGAGCCCGGCUACCUGGUCACCAAGGUGGUGGCGGUGGACAGAGACUCGGGCCAGAACGCCUGGCUGUCCUACCGCCUGCUCAAGGCGAGCGAGCCAGGGCUCUUCGCGGUGGGGCUGCACACGGGCGAGGUGCGCACGGCGCGGGCCCUGCUGGACAGAGACGCGCUCAAGCAGAGCCUGGUGGUGGCGGUGCAGGACCACGGCCAGCCCCCUCUCUCGGCCACCGUCACGCUCACCGUGGCCGUGGCCGACAACAUCCCGGACGUCCUGGCCGACCUGGGCAGCAUCAGGACCCCCGCCGACCCGGACGAUUCGGACCUCACGCUGUAUCUGGUGGUGGCGGUGGCGGCAGUCUCGUGCGUCUUCCUGGCCUUUGUCAUCGUGCUGCUGGCGCUCAGGCUGAGGCGCUGGCACGCGUCGCGUCUGCUCCAGGCUUCCGGAGGCGGGCUGGUGGGCGUGCCGGCCUCGCACUUUGUGGGCGUGGACGGGGUGCGGGCUUUCCUGCAGACCUAUUCCCACGAGGUCUCCCUGACCGCGGACUCGCGGGAGAGUCACGUGAUCUUCCCCCAGCCCAACUACGCGGACACGCUCAUCAGCCAGGAGAGCUGUGGGAAAAAGGAUCCUUUGUCUUUGUUAGAUGAUUCGAAGCUUCCUGUAGAAGAUACCCCUUUGGUUCCAGUGAGUUCUAGUUUUCCUCUCCUUCUUUUAAGAAUUAUAAUUGGCAUUACUUUUAGGUUUACAGCAUAAUGAUAGAAAAUGCCGAUCUUUAUUGUUUCACUUCUCCGUUUUAAUGUUAUUUGUUUCUUGCUAAAACAAUGAAGAGUAGAACUUGAUGGUUAUUGAGAUUGGUAUGUUUUUAUUUUCUGGUCAAUAUUCACCUAAUCCCAAUGAAGGCCAAUGUCACAGACUGUUAUGAUUUGCCUUGCAGAACCUUCUAUUUUAUAGUUUUGUUGAAUACAAUAUGACAGUUCCUGAGAGGAUUUCCAUACAGAAGUGUCUUUCAAUUUAUGUGCACUUCUCUUGGCCACGUGUUGAAAUCCUAGCCCCUUAGGCAACCCUAGCUCUUGUUUUGAAGGCGGGUCUGGUAAGAAUUGGUGAAUAUCAGAAACAAAUGCAUUAGCUUCACUGGAAACAAUGCCAAUACAAGGCCCCUCAAUGUUGUUGGAGAAGAACAACACCACUUCUCAACACCUUUGUGGUUUUAUUUUUCAAACUAUACCUUGUAGCGACAAUUACAGUUGAAUAUGCGUCCUGGAGAGAUUUGAAUUUUUCAUUAAUAUUUUAUUAACAUUUGAUAACACCGUGUGCUUAAAUUUUUCCAUCAUUGGUAAAAAUGCAGCAUCCUUUUUGAUUGUGAUUCUAAUUGCAUACUGUUAUGUGAAAGACAUAGCAUUUUAAUUUGACUUUCCUUGCUCAAUAUGGAUUCUAGAGAACCUACAGAAGGUUAAAUGAAGCAAAUUUGGGGUUCUGCUGUCACCAUUUUUUGUUAAAUUCUCCGAUCUCUAAGGCUGAAAAAAUAUAGACUGGGGAGACAGAUUUGUACAUGUUCCCAAGAAGAGCAGCGAAAGAUGUGUGCCAACAAUAUUUCAGUGGCUCUUCAAUGUAGAAGAAAGAAGACUGACCUGAAUAUCUGAAAACUCUGAAAUUAAAAGUCACAAUAAACUUAAAGUCAAGAAAGAAAUAUCACUUCUGUGGGAGAUCUGAAUAUAAGCAGAGAAGUACACAAAAUUAUUCUAAACAAAUGAUCAGUAGCGUUACUAAUGAGCCCAUUUAGUGAUGAUGGUGAUGUAUUUGGUUUGAUAUCUUACUUUUAUCUUAUUUUAUUUAUUUAUUUGACAGAGAGAGAUAGUGAGAGCAGGA